CCUUAGUCCUUCAACCAAUUUUCCCUUUUUAACCUUUACUCUUCUUUAUUGUAGUAAUUGCUUCCAUUUCUCAAUACACUUUUCAGAUACAAAACCUGCAAAAACUGUCCACUAGCAUGCAGUGGCAGUUAGUAUAAAACUUUUUAAGGUAGUUAAACUUUUGUGUACAUGAAGCUAGAAAGGACGUAUAUCAAUUAUUACAUUGACUGAUAUAUAACUAGUCAAUUAUCUCAAGUAGUUGGAGUAGUUAAAGAGCAUUUUUUGUAGAAUGAAGGAGAGUGGUAGGAAACAAGGUGCAGCUUCUCCAUGUGCAGCUUGUAAGUUGCUAAGGAGGAGAUGUGCACAAGAUUGUGUUUUUGCUCCUUAUUUUCCAGCUGAUGAGCCACACAAGUUUGCCAGUGUUCAUAAGGUCUUUGGUGCUAGCAACGUCAAUAAGAUGCUUCAGGAGUUACCAGAGCAUCAACGGGGGGAUGCGGUGAGUUCAAUGGUGUAUGAGGCUAAUGCAAGAGUGAGGGAUCCAGUUUAUGGUUGUGUUGGAGCUAUAUCAUCUUUGCAACAACAAAUUGACCAUCUCCAAACACAAUUGGCAAUUGCACAAGCUGAGGUUGUACACACGAAGAUGCGCCAAUUCUCGUCGAUGUCUAGUGGUGGCACAGCCGGGAACUCCCCGGAGAAUGUGUCACCAUCGUCCCGACACACUCAAAAUCAGCCAACCAUGUCCCUUUUUACCAUGGACAUGGUGGUAGAUCAAGCUAAUAUGGGGGAGUCCUUAUGGUCAUGCUAGUAACUAUAUUUUUAAUUAGCUAUAGUUGCUUGACUAGCAUGCUUGCCUAGCUAGUCUUUUCUAAUAUUUGCUAUCAAGGUCUUACUUUAUUGUCUGCAUCUUUUCCUAAUUACUAUACAUCUUUAUAGCACAUCUCUACCUGACCCCUCAAGAGAUGAUGAUGACCAUCAUUAACCAUAUUGUAAAUGUCUAAACAUAUAAUUAUGAGCUAUUAUGAUA